UUGUGCCAUCUUGGCCCUCAAGUGCUUCAUUUCCAGCUGCGGUGUUUGCUUGUGGGAGUUUCCUUUCCCCACUAACCUCCAGCUGCCCCUCUGUUUUCCAGGUGAGCCCUUUCCUAGGAACUUCCCCUUUGAGUUCCUGCUCCUUUCUUCUCUGCCUGCCUUUAGGUGCCAGCCUGUCCCCCCUGAAUUCCAGCUGGAAUGACAGGAUCUGCAGUGAGGCGCAGAGAGCUGCGGCGCAGCCCGGAGCUCCCGCUGUUCCCUGGAGAGCCAUCGACUUAGUGGGAUAAAAAAGGCUCUGAAUCAGUCACAGGGCCGUGCCGCUGGCUGGAGACCACCAUGACGGACUCCAAGUACUUCACCACCACCAAGAAAGGGGAGAUAUUUGAGCUGAAAGCUGAGCUCAACAGUGACAAGAAGGAGAAGAAGAAGGAGGCUGUGAAGAAGGUGAUUGCGUCCAUGACUGUCGGCAAGGACGUCAGCGCUCUCUUCCCGGACGUGGUGAACUGCAUGCAGACGGACAACCUGGAGCUGAAGAAGCUGGUCUACCUCUACCUGAUGAACUACGCCAAGAGCCAGCCCGACAUGGCCAUCAUGGCAGUGAACACCUUCGUGAAGGACUGUGAGGACCCCAACCCGCUGAUCCGGGCUCUGGCCGUGCGGACCAUGGGCUGCAUCCGGGUGGACAAGAUCACGGAAUAUCUGUGCGAGCCCCUGCGGAAGUGCCUCAAGGACGAGGACCCCUACGUGCGCAAGACGGCCGCCGUCUGCGUGGCCAAGCUGCACGACAUCAACGCCCAGCUGGUGGAGGACCAGGGCUUCCUGGACACCCUCAAGGAUCUCAUCUCAGACUCCAACCCCAUGGUGGUGGCCAACGCGGUGGCGGCGCUGUCGGAAAUUGCGGAGUCUCACCCCAGCAGCAACCUGCUGGACCUCAACCCCCAGUCCAUCAACAAGCUGCUCACGGCCCUCAAUGAGUGCACCGAGUGGGGCCAGAUCUUCAUCCUGGACUGCCUGGCAAACUACAUGCCCAAGGAUGACCGGGAAGCACAGAGCAUCUGUGAGCGGGUGACACCGCGGCUGUCCCACGCCAACUCUGCUGUGGUGCUGUCGGCCGUCAAGGUGCUGAUGAAGUUCAUGGAGAUGCUGUCCAAGGACCUGGAUUAUUAUGGCACUCUCCUGAAGAAGCUGGCCCCGCCACUGGUCACCCUGCUGUCCGCAGAGCCCGAGCUGCAGUACGUGGCCCUCCGCAACAUCAACCUCAUUGUGCAGAAAAGGCCCGAGAUCCUGAAGCACGAGAUGAAGGUGUUCUUUGUCAAGUACAACGACCCCAUCUAUGUCAAACUGGAGAAACUGGACAUCAUGAUCCGCCUGGCCUCCCAGGCCAACAUAGCUCAGGUGCUGGCAGAGCUGAAGGAAUAUGCCACGGAGGUGGAUGUGGAUUUUGUCAGGAAGGCGGUGAGAGCCAUCGGCCGCUGCGCCAUCAAGGUGGAGCAAUCGGCCGAGCGCUGUGUCAGCACCCUGCUGGACCUCAUCCAGACCAAGGUCAACUACGUGGUGCAGGAGGCCAUCGUCGUCAUCAAGGACAUCUUCCGCAAGUACCCCAACAAGUACGAGAGCGUGAUCGCCACGCUCUGCGAGAACCUUGAUUCCCUGGAUGAGCCCGAGGCCAGGGCUGCCAUGAUCUGGAUCGUGGGGGAAUACGCCGAGCGCAUCGACAACGCCGACGAGCUGCUGGAGAGCUUCCUGGAGGGCUUCCAUGAUGAGAGCACCCAGGUCCAGCUGCAGCUGCUGACAGCCAUCGUGAAGCUGUUCCUGAAGAAGCCCACAGAGACGCAGGAGCUGGUGCAGCAGGUGCUGAGCUUGGCCACGCAGGACUCGGACAACCCCGACCUGCGGGAUCGUGGAUACAUCUACUGGCGCCUGCUCUCCACGGACCCCGUGGCCGCCAAGGAGGUGGUGCUGGCGGAGAAGCCGCUGAUCUCAGAGGAGACGGAUCUGAUCGAGCCCACGCUGCUGGACGAGCUCAUCUGCUACAUCGGGACCCUGGCCUCGGUGUACCACAAACCCCCCAGCGCCUUCGUGGAGGGCAGCAGGGGCGUCGUGCACAAGAGUUUGCCCCCACGGACGGGCUCGAGUGAGAGUGCCGAGAGCCCGGACGCGGCCCCGUCGGGGGGGCCAGCAGCGGAUCAGCCCUCGGUGAUCCCCACCCAGGGGGACCUGCUGGGCGACCUGCUCAACCUGGACCUGGGCCCCCCAGUGAGUGGGCCACCCAUGGCCACCUCCUCCAUGCAGAUGGGCGCCGUGGACCUCCUUGGAGGCGGCUUGGACAGCCUGAUGGGGGACGAGUCGGAAGGGCUGCGCAGCGAUGUGGGAGGCAGCCCUGCUAUGGGUGGCGGCGGUGGCGGCAGCAGCUUCACACCAGCACCCAGCACCACAGCACCCACAAACGUGGGGGCACCCCUUGGCAGCGGCCUGGGCGACCUCUUCGACCUCACCGGUGGGGUAGGGACCCUCUCAGGAUCCUACGUGGCCCCCAAAACGGUCUGGCUCCCUGCCAUGAAAGCCAAGGGGCUGGAGAUCUCUGGCACCUUCAGCCGCCAAGUGGGCUCCAUCUCCAUGGACCUCGUGCUGACCAACAAAGCCCUGCAGGUCAUGUCCGACUUCGCCAUCCAGUUCAACCGCAACAGCUUCGGCCUGGCCCCGGCAGCUCCUCUCCAGGUGCACGCACCUCUGGCCCCCAACCAGUCUGUGGAGAUCUCCCUGCCCCUGAACACCGUGGGCUCCGUCAUGAAGAUGGACCCUCUCAACAACCUCCAGGUGGCGGUGAAGAACAACAUCGACGUCUUCUACUUCAGCACCCUGUACCCCCUGCACAUCCUGUUCGUGGAGGACGGCAAGAUGGAGAGGCAGAUGUUCCUGGCCACUUGGAAGGACAUUCCCAACGAGAACGAGACCCAGUUCCAGAUCAAAGACUGUUCCCUCAAUGCAGAUGCCGUGAGCAGCAAACUCCAAGGCAGCAACAUCUUCACCAUUGCCAAGAGGAACGUGGAGGGCCAGGACAUGCUCUACCAGUCCCUGAAGCUCACCAACGGCAUCUGGGUGCUGGCAGAGCUGCGGAUCCAGCCCAGCAAUCCCAGCUUCACGGAUUUGGAGUUAUCCCUGAAAUGCCGAGCGCCAGAGGUGUCCCAGUACAUCUACCAAGCCUACGAGACCAUCCUGAAGAACUGAGGUGCUGCUGCAGCCCCUCCUCCUCCUCCUCUCCUCCCUUUCCCGCCCGAGGAAGCAGGGCUGGAUCCGUGUGCAUGUCCCCUUCCCUUCCUGCCAAGGAUUCCCUUGGGAUUGUCCCAUUCCCGGCAGGGCUGGGGGGAGCGGAGGGGGGCGGGGGGGCUGUCCCCAGUCCCUGCAUCCCUGUAGCAAUCCGUGUGUGAGUGAUGCCGUGUCCUCCUCGCUGGUGUUGCUCCCUCCAGAUCUCAGUGUCACCCUCCGCCUCGGAGCUGUGGGGGGCUGCUCUCCCAAAAUCCCCAGCUCCUGGUCCUGGCUCUCCUGGAGCGGUGUCUGGUGGUGGGUUCAGCAUUCCAAACCCUGGGGGCUCACUGCUGGCUUGGCUGGGGGGCCCAAAGUGCCGUGGGAUUAGGUGGCUCUGGCUGCAGAUCCCCCCAGAGCCCUGGGAUUUGGGGCUGGAGCAGGUGGGAAACAGCUUUGGCUUCUCCCCCCCACCCCCCUCUCUCUGCCUCUCCCUGAUUUUGUCCCCUGGUUCAGCAGAGCCAUGGCUGAGCCCUUCACAGAGGGUCUCCUUCCCAUGGGAGCCCUUCCCAAAGCUCCCAGAAGGGCUCGAGGAUCCCAAAUUUGAGGCUGCACUUCAUGUGCAGGUUAAAAAGGGCUUUUCCAGCCCCCUCCACGAGGCUGGGAGGGCUCUGAGCAUCCCCUCUCCCCCUGCACAGCCCCACGGCUCCCUCUGCUCCCCCCUGGGUGCUCCUCUGGGGAUCCCACUGCUCCUUUUCCCCCUAAAUCAAGCCAUGGGUCCCCCCUCCCUCGAAGCAGGAAAUCUCUAAUAUAUGAAAGAUAAAUAUAUUGUAAUGUUCA